UAAACCUUCCAGGGCUGCUCCGAGGGCCGCAGCCAGAGACGGCGCCACGCGGGGCCGAGCAGGGCGCGGCGGCGGCGGCGGCGGGGCGCUCCGGGGAGGCCUGGGCCGCUGAUGGUUUUGGCGAAGUAUCUUAAGGUAGCUGGGCCGGCCCCCUUUUUCCCACCUACCUCUUGUCCUUCCCCCUACACCACCACCACCCUGGCUCCCCUCCCUCAUGACCGCCUGGAUCCUCCUUCCUGUCAGCUUGUCAGCAUUCUCCAUCACGGGCCUAUGGACUGUGUAUGCCAUGGCCGUGAUGAACCGCCACGCAUGCCCUGUGGAGAACUGGUCCUACAACGAAUCCUGCUCUCCUGACCCCGCUGAACAAGGGGGCCCGAAGACCUGCUGCACCCUGGACGAUGUUCCCCUCAUCAGCAAGUGUGGCACAUAUCCCCCAGAGAGCUGCCUCUUCAGCCUCAUUGGCAACAUGGGUGCUUUCAUGGUGGUCCUGAUCUGCCUGUUGCUCUACGGGCAGCUCCUGGAGCAGAGUCGUCAUUCCUGGGUUAACACCACAACGCUCAUCACGGGCUGCACCAAUGCUGCGGGCCUCGUGGUGGUCGGCAACUUCCAGGUGGAUCAUGCGAAGUCUCUGCACUACAUCGGAACUGGUGUGGCCUUCCCCGCCGGGCUGCUCUUCGUCUGCCUGCACUGUGCCCUCUCCUACCAUGGGGCCACUGCCCCCCAGGACCUGGCUAUGGCCUACCUGCGGAUUGUACUGGCAGCCAUCGCCUUUGUCACCCUAGUCCUCAGCGGUGUCUUCUUUAUGCAUGAGAGCUCUCAGCUGCAGCACGGGGCAGCCCUGUGCGAGUGGGUGUUUGUGAUUGACAUCCUCAUUUUCUACGGCACCUUCAGCUAUGAGUUUGGGGCAGUCUCCUCAGAGACACUGGUGGCUGCGCUGCAGCCUGCCCCUGGCCGGGCCUGCAAGUCCUCCGGGAGCUGUAGCACCUCCACUCACCUCAACUGUGCUCCCGAAAGCAUCACCAUGAUCUGAGAUCUGGGGAGGGUGGCUGGCCCAGCCUCAGCAGCUCCCCACUUCUUAACUUUGCAUUUAUUUUGUACCAAAAACAAUUUUGAGAAAGUAUUCUGCUGGGAUAUAGGCUUCCUUGCUGCUGGAGGAGUGGCCAUCCCAUGCCCACCUGUGCCAUAGCGGAGCAGGCCUGGCGGCGGCCUGGACCACACACAACCUACUCCCCAACUCUGCAGUGUUGUUUUUAUGUUUAAAGGUCACAUAUCCUCACUCACCCAGCCGGCCCUUCAGGUGCCUUCUACUCCCCAGUGCCAAGGCCACACCACUGGGGUUUCCUGCUGCAGAAAUUGGGGGCUGGGAACAGCAAGAGGGACAGAAGUCUGUGGGAAGGCCCACUUUUGGGCCCACUGAGGUGCACUGGGAUUCUUCACUCUGCCCCUUACUUUCUUUUGGGCAAAUAAUACAGCAGAACCACAUGGGUAUUUUAGUACUUUUUUUUUUAAUCUAUUAAAAGAAUUCUAAUUUGCAUGUUUGUAGUAUGUUCUAAAGAAUCAAGGGAGGGCCUAAGCCUCCCUAGGCAAAGGAUGGGAGGAAACCCCUGCCCUCAGGGAAGAGUCCUGAGUGCCCAAUGCUCUUUGAGAGCAGGGCUGCCAAGAAUAAAGGAUGCCUGGUGCCAUCCAAAUACCCCUCAAGGGCUUGAAACCCUUUCUGGGCCUUUAAACUGUCUGAAGAAUUGAUGUGAUCCUUCCCCCACUCAGAGUGUGGUUUGAAGUUGGCUUCCUUAGUAAGGGAUAUUGGCGGGGGUGGGGUCAUUCAUAGAACAACUUUAAAAUGCUAGAAGCAAUUUUCACAAUGAAGCUAAAGAAAGCCUGUGGGAUUCCAAGGUUGACUAAAAAUUGCAGGGGAGAGAGAUGUAGGCUAAUUUUUCUUCACCAUCUGUAAGUAGCCACUGGAUGCCAGACCCUGACCCAUUUUGCUUUCCAACGAUGAGCAUAUAGGCCCAAGCACUGGCUGGUCUAGUGGCCAGGUUCUUGACCUGGGUUCCACUGCUCUCAGGCCAGUAGGCUUGGCAGGAAGGGACACACAGCCUGGUGCU